ACGAAUAAAUAUUAAAUUUAUUUAUGUGCCCUCUAAUUUUCCACCAAUCAAUCAUUCAUUCAUUGAGGGAUCGCGCUCUCGCUCUUUCUCUCACUACCCCUUUCUCUCUCUCUCUCUCUCUCUCUCUCUUCUUGCACCCACGAAACUUCUUCUCUUCUGUGAAAGAAAAUUUGUGAACUCUGAAUUAGUUUGGAACCUCCUCACUUCUCAGUGACAAAAUUAAACAGAGAGGGUGCCCUUGUGCUGCUGAUGGCCACUAAUGAAAAUCUUCCACCUAAUGUUAUAAAGCAACUUGCCAAGGAGUUGAAAAAUCUUGACGAAACCCCUCCCGAGGGCAUUAAAGUAGUGGUUAAUGAUGAUGACUUCUCAACAAUAUAUGCCGACAUAGAUGGCCCAGCUGGGACUCCUUAUGAGAAUGGCAUUUUCCGCAUGAAGUUGCAACUGUCCCGCGAUUUUCCACAUUCUCCUCCUAAAGGAUUUUUCCUUACCAAGAUUUUCCAUCCAAAUAUCGCAUCCAAUGGAGAGAUUUGUGUUAACACACUUAAAAAGGAUUGGAAUCCUAGCCUUGGGUUACGACAUGUUCUUAUCGUUGUUAGGUGUUUAUUGAUUGAACCGUUUCCAGAAUCAGCUCUAAAUGAACAGGCUGGCAAACUAUUGCUCGAAAAUUAUGAGGAGUAUGCUAGACAUGCCAGGCUUUACACUGGAAUACACGCAAAAGCAAAGCCCAAAUUCAAAAGCGGGGCUAUAACCGAAUCAACUACCGCUUUAAAUGUUGAUCAGACGAACACCUCGGUGCUUAAUGCUGACAUCAAAACCACACCAGCAAGCGCUGCUUUGCCAUUACCAUUGUCAUUGCCCUCAACCACUGCAGCUAGAGGAGCUAGUCAGGAUCAGGUGGUGGGUGUUCUGACCGAGUCAUCUGUUAAUGUUUCUACCGCUGCGGCGGUAGUUUCUGCUGCUUCUGCACCACAAAAGAAAGAAGUUGGAACUGCUAAAGCUCAGGCAGACAAGAAGAAGUUAGAUGCUAGAAAGAAAAGUUUGAAAAGAUUGUGAUAAAGUUGUUCAAUAAAUCAAACUUUUCUUAUUUGUGUCUUAGUUUUGCAAUUUGAUAGAAAAAAAAAGAGAGAGGAGGGGGCAGGGAAAUGUGGAAAAAUGGGUUCAAAAUUUGGCUUAUGAUAUGGGUAAUUUCCAAUUUCCAAUGAGAGUAAUAGGGUGAAAUUGAACUACCUAUUGUGUACUAUUGUUCUUAUGGGGAAAGAAGACUCACCCUUGUUUUUAUUAUUAUUAUUUUGUUUUUUCUUUUUCAAAUUGACAUCUAUAAGUUGGUGUC